GGAUGAGUUACAACCCUUCAUCCUAUCUAGUAUGACCUGUAAUGACCAAUAAUCAUGCUAUUUCAAAUUGAGAUGUCGACACCUUCAAGCUAUAUUCCUCAUUUGAUGAGCAUGUUAAUGCCUUUUUUCCUAAAAGUAGGUGGUCUAUCAGUUUGUGAUUUGUUAUACUGCAGCAACAGCAGCCACUGGUUUGUUGGAUUCUAGAUGUUAUUUUCUUACGAUACCCUCCUUUGGUAGUUUCCCAAUAUAAUCUUUUGCUUUUAUCUUUUAGUGAGAGCUAUUGAUACACAGCUCAAUCAUAUUGAGUUGAUGGCUUGCUGAUCUUUAGUGCCAACAACUGUUGAUGAAUGUGAAUUAACAGCCAACCUUGCAUGGCUUUGUGUCAGGAAAUGAUAUUUAGAGGAACCGAUACGGUGGCCAUCCUCCUGGAAUGGAUCAUGGCCAGAAUGGUGCUGCACCCAGAAAUCCAGUCCAAGGUCCAGUCCGAGAUCGAUGCUAUAACAGGAAACUCGCGCCUUGUCUCGGACUCUGACAUUCCCCACCUUCCUUACCUCCAAUCUAUGGUGAAAGAAUCUCUCCGGAUGCACCCCCCUGGCCCACUCCUCUCCUGGGCUCGCCUCGCCAUCCAUGACGUUCACAUCGGGAAUCACUUCAUUCCUGCAGGGACCACAGCCAUGGUGAACAUGUGGGCGAUAACCCACGACGAAGCCAUCUGGGCCAACCCCAACGAGUUCAAGCCGGAGCGCUUCAUGUCAGAGGAUGUGAGCAUCCUGGGUUCUGACCUGAGGCUGGCGCCCUUUGGCUCCGGGAGGCGGGUCUGCCCUGGGAAAGCCCUGGGCUUGGCCACCGUCCAUCUCUGGCUGGCUCAGCUCCUUCAGAGCUUCCAAUGGGUGGCAUCUGAUGGUGGGGUAGACCUGUCUGAGUGCUUGAACAUGUCCCUUGAGAUGAAGAACCCUUUGGUCUGUAGGGCCCUUCCAAGGUGAUCGAUCCAGUGUGGGGAUGUGGAGAUAUGCCGAUCCUGUCAUCCAUCUCCAAAGUUUUGUAAUCUUGUAGUUUGUUUGCUACCUGGGUUUAUGUACUCUGGAUGCUUGCUUUAGUAUUCUAAGUUUUAUGUGCAUAUAGGUUUUUAAGUUUGGUUGCAGGGUGUAAUGUGGUCUUUUGGUGCUUAUAUUAUGUAAACAGGUUGCCAUGCAAUGUAUACAUCGUUUUGACUUGAACACA